GCCCGCGACCCAGCGCCAUCUCUCACCCCGUUGCCCAGCGAGCCGGCCUGGACGCAUCGGACGUUGAGACUGCUGCCGCGCGGGAAUGGGUGCGACCGCGAUCUGGCACCGCCGGUAAGCUCGUGCAUGCCGCGACAAAGUAUCCCAGAAUCGCUUCUUUUCUUCUCGUAACUACCUAAGAUCUGCCCGGAAUACCAUGACGAGGAGGAAUGCCCUGCAGUCGUGUCGGAUCGGAAAUCUCGAGGGUGCUAAUUACCGCUGGUAUGUUGUUGUCGUGAUUAUCGUUCUCGUCAUCCUCCCCUGUUUCGAGUUUUUUUUCCCUCUCUUCAGUGUACAUGCGUAUACAUAUAUUUAUAUAUUCUUUUCUUCCCGGAGAGUCUCUUCCCUCUCUGGGACACGCUCCGCCUCUCUCUCUCUUUCUCUUUUAUCUCUCUGCCUAUCCGUCCAUCUACCUACCAUGGGAAACGUGCAUAGCGGUAGGCUGGUCGAUGAUGGACAACUUGGUAAAAGGUCAGACUGCAUCUACGGACCUUCUGGUUCUCAAUCCUAUAAACCCACCCUAAAGCCAUACCGAGUUUUCCGCGACUCGGAUGCGCGUCCUCGGCCCCGACCUCGCCGCGGCAACACAAUGGUCUGCCCAUACAUUGUCUGUGUCCGUCGUGUCGGGACGGGAUAAAUUAAAUGCUGCAGAUCUUUCGCUUCUCGUUAUUUAU